AUGAGGCUGUUCCGCCGCCGCUACAGCGCCUUGAAGGUGGCCUUGGCGGGCGCCGUCUUCGUCCUCUUCCUCUUCAUCCUCCAGAAGGACGUGGGCAGCAAGGAGCCGGGCGAGGAGCCGUGGCUGCGGAACAUCGUGCCGGGCAAGGGCCAGGUGCUGGACCUGAUGCUGGGCGCCGUGCGGGACCUGCGGGACUCGAUGCCGCGGCUGCAGAUCGGGGCCCCGGAGCCGCCGCCGGAGCCGCUGCCCAGCGGCCGCUCCUGCCUGCCCGGCGUCUACACCGCGGCCGAGCUGCGGCCGCUGAUGGAGAGGCCGCCCCAGGACCCCGCCAGCCCCGGCGCCGACGGAAAAGCCUUCAAGAAGGAUCGCUGGACGCCCGAGGAGACGAAGGAGAAGGAGCGGGGCUAUGAGAAGCAUUGCUUCAACGCCUUCGCCAGCGACCGCAUCUCCCUGCAGCGGGCUCUGGGCCCCGACAGCCGCCCCCCCGAGUGCAUCGAUCAGAAGUUCAAGCGCUGCCCUCCCCUCCCCACCACCAGCGUGGUGAUCGUGUUCCACAACGAGGCCUGGUCCACCCUGCUGCGCACGGUCUACAGCGUCCUGCACUCGUCCCCGGCCCGCCUGCUCCGAGAGGUCAUCCUGGUGGACGAUGCCAGCACGGACGAGUACCUGAAGGAGGAGCUGGAUCGCUACGUGGAGCAGCUGCAGAUCGUGCGCGUGGUGCGGCAGCGGGAGCGCAAGGGGCUCAUCACGGCACGGCUGCUGGGGGCCAGCGUGGCCAGCGGGGAGGUGCUGACCUUCCUGGAUGCCCACUGCGAGUGUUUCCAUGGCUGGCUGGAGCCGCUCCUGUCGCGCAUCGCCGAGGAGCCCACGGCCGUGGUGAGCCCCGACAUCGCCACCAUCGACCUCAACACCUUCGAGUUCUCCAAGCCCGUGCAGAACGGGAAGCAGCACAGCCGGGGCAACUUCGACUGGAGCCUGACCUUCGGCUGGGAGGUGGUUCCAGCGCGGGAGAGGCAGCGCAGGAAGGAUGAGACCUUCCCCAUCAAGUCCCCGACCUUCGCAGGUGGCCUCUUUGCCAUCUCCAGGUCCUACUUUGAGCACAUCGGCUCCUACGACGACCAGAUGGAGAUUUGGGGGGGUGAGAACGUGGAAAUGUCCUUCAGGGUGUGGCAGUGCGGGGGACAGGUGGAGAUCAUCCCCUGCUCCGUCGUGGGCCACGUGUUCCGCUCCAAGAGCCCCCACACCUUCCCCAAGGGCACCCAGGUGAUCUCCCGGAACCAGGUGCGCCUGGCCGAGGUCUGGAUGGACGACUACAAGGAGAUCUUCUACCGCCGCAACCAGCAAGCCUCCCAGAUGGCCAGAGAGAAGACGUUUGGUGACAUCACAGAGCGGCGCAGGCUGCGGGAGCGGCUGCACUGCAGGAAUUUCACCUGGUACCUGCAGAACGUCUACCCCGAGAUGUUCGUGCCCGACCUGACCCCGACGUUCUACGGAGCGAUCAAAAACGAGGGCACCAAGAGCUGCCUGGACGUCGGGGAGAACAACCACGGCGGCAAACCUCUCAUCAUGUACCCCUGCCACGGGCUGGGGGGCAACCAGUACUUUGAGUACACGAGCCAGCGGGAGCUGCGCCACAACAUCGGCAAGGAGCUGUGCCUGCGCGGGGCCGCGGGCACGGCCGAGCUGGGCGAGUGCCAGUUCCGAGGGAAGCCCGGCCGGGUGCCCGCCAGCGAGGAGUGGGACCUGGCGCAGAACCGGCUGAUCAAGAACUUGGCCUCGGGGAUGUGUCUGACGGCCCGGGGGAAGCACCCGGCGCUCGUUCCCUGCGACCUCACGGACCCGCAUCAGCUCUGGUCCUUCACCUAA